AGAUAACGAAAAUAAGAAGAAGAAGAAGAAGCAGUAGCAGAAGCACAGUCUUCUUCUUGUUGUUGUUGUUCUCGUGUGUCUUUGAUUCUGUUGAAAAUGGUAUAAUAAAUGAUGACGCAGCAACAUAAUAAUAACAAACAGUGCGAUAAACGCGUGUGAUAGGCAAACAGAAAGAGAGACAGAGAGAGAAAGAAGUGAAUUGAAAAUAAAUAAGUGAAAACAGGCAAAGAAAUGCCGCAGCAAGUGGAAAUGAGAAGCAGCCAAAUCAGCGACAACAACAACAAACAGCACAUUUCCAAUCAGAAUGAGGCGACGCAGCACCAGCAGCAACAACAACAACAACAGCAGCAGCGACACAAGCGCAGUCGCCAGCAGCAGCAACAACAACAACACAUUUAUGAGAAUCUGCCAGUGUCGACGACGUCGCAGCAGCUGCGCAAAUACUUUCGCCGCGAGGCGAUCUAUGAGAAUGUGUGUCGCGGCUGCGGCUACGGUGUCUUUGCCGCCCAAGGUCGCUAUUGUCAUUUCUGCCAGUGCAUUGUUAGCGGCAGCGUUGUGGCAGCGCUGCAGCAGAGCAGCAACAGCAACAACAGCGGUGAUGGUGAAUUCAACAUUUAUGAAAACAUUUGCGAGCUGUGCCGCGGCAUUUACAGCGAUAACGAGCAAUGCGAUUGCAAAGCGACAACAACUGCCACGCCCACCUUAAAUGAUACGCCCCAAUUGCAAGAGACGGCGACAGCGACGCCAACUGCGACUGCGACUGCGACACCUGCUGCCAAGACGGGCAAAUCACGCACGCUGCUCGGCUACUCAAAGUCAAGCGCAGCGACUCUGACGCGUCUCUUUGGCUCGCUGAAGCAGCUGAAUCGCUCCAGUUCGCUGCAGCGACGUCUCUUCCAGCAGAAGGGCUCCAACGGCACCAACACAAAGGGAGGCGGUGCUGCGGGGGGUGGCGGUGGUUCGUUGGAGAUCAUACACAAUGUGGAUGAAGUGUUUCGCACGCAGGAGACGUUCGAUAUGCAGCGUAUUUGUGAGCUGAAGCAGCAGCAGCAGCAGCUACAGUGCAGUCGCAGUCGCAGCGAGCAGCACAUUUACGGCAGACUGCGAGCAGAGCGUGAACCGGAACAGCAAAAGGAACUGCAAAAGGAGCUGGAACUAGAACUGCAGAAGGAACUCAAAACGGAACUGCGAAAAGAACUGCAAACGGAACUGGAACCAGAAUCCCAAAACGAACUCGAGCCGGAGUUGGAACCAGCGAAGGAGACGGAGACGGAGACGAAAAAGGCGCAUAAGAAGCCGCGCAUUUCGGCACUGCGAUUGCUGCAGCCAACUGCGUCGCCGACUGCAGCAGCGACUGCGCCGCCCGCACUCUAUUUGAAUGACAGCGUUUGCCAGUGGAUGCAGUCGCUGCGACGCGAGCUGCACUGCUAUGAGGAUGUGUUGGGAGGCGUUGGCUGUCAACAGCCAAAGAGCGUACCGCCUGCCUACGAGCGAGAGCGGGACAGAGAGAGGGAUAGAGAAUUGGAACCGGAGCUGGUGACACUGCGACGCAGCGAGCAGGCAGCAGCAACAACAACAACAACAGCGCAGUCGACGCAGUUGCGUUUGGUGAACGAUUUCAAGCGCAAGCUGCUGGCAAAGCGCGAACAGCAACAGCAGCAGCAAUUGGAAAUCCAAUUAGACUUGCCACAAUGGGAUGCGCGACGUCGCUGUGGCAUCAAUGAGCGACACGAUGCGGCCUUUGUUACUGAAUUUCUCAGCGGACUCGCAGCGGACACGGCAGCGCAGUCAACGUCAUUGGAAUUAAAAGUGACAGCUGCGCAGUCGCCGCAUUCAACGACGCCGCUGUCAACGACGCUGUUGCUCGCCUGUCAUGUUUCGCUUGAGCAGCUGUGGCUGAGCGCUGCACUCGCUGCCAGCCUCAAUCGCAGCGUCAUUUGCUUCUUUGGCUAUGACAAAUGCUUGGCGGCCUUUUUGCAUGGCCGUCAGCGUCGACAGCGGCUGCGACUGCGCAGUAGCGAGCAGUUCAACAUUGAGCGCUGGCUGCGUCAUUGCUAUCGGCAGCUCAACGAGAGCACGAGCACGACCACGAGCACAGACACGAACACGACCACGAUCGCACAUGGGAGAAACAACAAUAACAACAACAACAGAAGCAGCAGUGAACAGUCUGAGCGUGAGUCAGCGACGGCGCAGCGACGAAGACAGCGACAGCGACAGCGACAGAGACGUCUAUUGGGGCCGUCGUCAAUGGAGCCGGCAGCAGUUGUGCCAGCGACGCCAGCGAGUGACGACGUUGCGCUCGCAUCGCGUGUCGAUAGCGAUAACGAGCAAAGCGAGAGCGAGAACGUAAACGUGAACGAGAGCGUAAGAGAGAGCGAGACAAAGGCGCGAUCAAAGUGCGGUAGCAGCAGCAGCGACAGAGACAGCGUCGAAGUCGACAGCGCUUUGAUGGCGGCGCCCAAACAAAGCGGCGACGCUGAGCGACGCGCCAGCUGCGAUGACAGUGAAAAUAACAAUAACAAUGCCAACAGCAGCAGCAGCAACAACAACAUCAAUAUUGAGCAGCAGCAACAACAACUACAACAACAGACACAGAAAUGUGCAGUGAUUAAAGUUCGUCGACCGGCGCCUCAGGUGCCGCAACGUAAUCCCAGCACGGCGCUCAGCAAACCACGAACUGAGAAUAACAAUAACAACGAGACAAUUAUGGAGAAGAAGGUGGAGGAGAAAGUGAAGGCAGAGAUGGAGGCGAAGGCGAAGGUGGAACAAGAGGAAGAGGAUGAGGAAUCGAUUUAUCAGACCAUCUGGCAGUAUAAAACCUUGGAGCCAGGCAAUAACAGCACAGUUGAUGAUGAUGAUGAUGAUGAUGAAGACUUUGAGAUCAUCACAGCCACCGAAACGGUCAGCGAUGAUGACGCAGAUGUCGAUGGAGAUCGAGAUGAGGCAGACGCAGAGGCAGAGGCGGAGGCAGAGACGUUGGCUUUGCAGGCGGCAGCAGCAUUUGCAGCCGGGGCACGUCACAAGCUGACUAAGCAGGCGACAACGACAACGACAACGACAACGAUGGCGACAACAACGACGGCGUCGGCGUCGCCAGCAACGUCGCCGCUGCCGUCACCGACGGCGUCAAUGGAUCACGGCGCCUGGGAGACGGAUGAUGAAUUCAUGUUCGAGAAGGCGAGCGAGCGUCAGCAGCAGCAGCAGCAGCAGCAGCAAAGUGAAGAGGCAACAGCAGCGACGGGACAAGCGGGAGACGAGACGCUGAGUGUGGGCAGCACGGUGACCAACAGUACAGCGACGCUUGGCUCGAUAAGCAGCGCCGGCGGCAGCAGCAUUGAUAGCAGCAACAGCAGCGGCAGCAGAGAGCAGAGCGAAAAUGCCACAAAUGCCACGCUGCUGACGCAUCCGAUGCUGCGCAACAUUUGCAUUUUUUACAGUCUGACGGAGCCGCAGAAAUAUAGCGCCAUCUUCUAUGAGUAUCAACGCUCGCAGAUUCAUCAGCGUUUCAUGACGCGCAUUCGACGUCCAGCGCCGCCGCUGCCAACAUCGACGUCCAAGUCAACAACAACAAUUGGAAUCCCGCCCAGCAAUGAUGACAGCGGCUGCAGCUGCGAAGCCGAUACCGAUGAUCUGCCCGAAACGAUACCACGCCCCCUCAAGGAGGAUUGGGCGCUGGCAGUUCUCGCCGCCUCGGCGAGUAGCAAACGCGGCGUCGCGCCACGCGCCGGCCGCAAGCUUCGAGUCCGCUCCAGCGGCCGCUUGCUGAUACCCACCUCGGUGCUGGCGUGGCGCGAGCAGCUGCAGGAUGUCAACUGCUGUGAGGAUGAGGAGGACAUGAUUGUGCCAGUGAGUGAUAUUCGGCGUGCCCAGCAAAUCGAGGAAGACAACGAGGUGCAGCAAACGCAACAGAUAUCGAAAUCGCAACGCUUCAAGAGCGCCUCCAUCGGCAAUCUUGUCGAUUUGCCCGGCGAGGAUGACAAGAAGUCGAUUAAGAAUCGCAUGCGCAUGAAAUUUGCACCCAGCAAUGUGUUUCGUAUGGGCGAUAAGAAAUCGCGCUCACGCCGCAGCCAGGUGAACAGCCUCUGUCUAGAUGAGCAGUCAAAGUAUCCGCUAUUUGGGGCACGUCUCAAUGCCCUCGAGCUGAAUAUGUCCGAUCAUCCGUAUGUGCCACGUUUCGUUGUCGAUGUCUGCGCCCACAUCGAGCGUCCCGAUGCCAUCGAACAGGAUGGCCUCUAUCGUGCCUCAGGCAAUAAGCUGCUGGUCGAUGAACUGAAGCUCAAGCUAACGCAUCUCUAUGAUCCGCGCUGGCUCCAGACCGACGACAUUCAUACGCUAACCAGCCUCCACAAGCAGUUCUUUCGCGAGCUACCCGCCCCCCUGAUCACACAGGAGGCCUACGAGCGUCUUGGCCGCCUCACCGACGAAGCCGCCAUCGAACGCAUGCGUCUCGCCUUCGAUGAGAUGCCCGAGCCGAAUCGUUCCACGCUGCGCUUCCUCAUCAAGCAUUUGACCAACGUUGCAGCGGCUAGUGGCUCGAAUCGGAUGCCUGCCUCAAAUCUGGCCAUUGUCUGGGGUCCAUGUCUGUUGGCCGCGAAUGUUAUCAAUUUUGAUAUUGGCCGCAUGAAUAUGUUGGCCAAGAUGCUUAUUGAGAACUAUGAACGCAUCUUUCGACCCGACAACGAACGUCUCGUGUGCUAAGCAACAACAACAAUAUUAACAACAAACAUUAAUUAAUUAUUCCAAUCGAAAACAUCACACAAAUACUAUGUCAUGAACUGAAAGAGAUAAAAAGGAGCAGAGAAGAGAAAGAGCUUCGCACUUUAGAGUGCGGCUAUUUAUUAAUAAUUUUUUUGUAUUUAACAAUUUCCAUUUCACAUUUUCGAACAUCUCUUUAAUUUUCGUUCGUCUCUUUUGUGUAUGUGCUAAGCUUAAUGUUUUAUUUAUUGUUCAACCAUGUUUAUUGUAGUCGAAUUGAGCAACAAAGCAAAAAACUGAUUACCAAAAAGACAGUAGACCAAGUUAAUGUAAUAAAAAGCGCGCCUUGUCGUCGACAUCGCAUCCCAAUAAUAUAUAUACUAUACUCUACUAUACUAUAUAUGUAUCUGUUAGAUAUAUUUAUUAGAUAUAUAGUUCUAUACACAUAUAUGUAUAUGUUUUUUUUUUGUGUUGGUUAAACAAUCUGACCAAAUAUCAUACCCAUACUCUAGGCAUUAUCCAUGUUAUAAUGUUCAAAUGCUAUAUAUCGAAAUGUAUAUCAUAACUGUCAUGUGAUAAGAUUUUGCCGACGUAGUGUUUUUUUUUUUUUUUUUUUUUUUUUGUAUUUUUUUUACGUAACCAUAAUUAGAUAUGUAAAUAUAUAUCUUAUACUUUAUAUCAUAAACAACUGCAGUUCAGAUUGUUGAACAUUGUGGAAAGUUUUGAGAACAGCAAAAGCCAAAAUAACCUAAAGAAUAACAAAAGCAACAGCAACCUGAGCAAAAUGAUUAAUAUGUUUGCUAUCUCAAUAAAUCUUUCAAGUAUUUUCCAAAGACAA